AUGCUGUCUUGUCGUGGUAUGCCGGUUCGAAUCCGGCCAAGCGCAUUGUUUAAUCAUAACUAUAACUUGUGUAGUAGGUUUUCAUCAGUUUUAGCUGUGCUUGUCCUGUCGGACGAGGAAUCCUCAAUGCGCCGUACGUUCAACUCACUUUCCCUGUUUGGGCUCCUGCUAGCUGCCAGCUGGUCUGGUGGUAUGCCGGUUCGAAUCCGGCCAAGCGCAUUGUUUAAUCAUAACUAUAACUUGUGUAGUAGGUUUUCAUCAGUUUUAGCUGUGCUUGUCUUGUCGGACGAGGAAUCCUCAAUGCGCCGUACGUUCAACUCACUUUCCCUGUUUGGGCUCCUGCUAGCUGCCAGCUGGUCUGGCUAGUUCUUCUCCCCUCCUUUGAGGUGGUUUACUGUUGUCUUUUCGGCGGUCAAGCGAAGAACAAUGCAAGACGUGAUAUGAUCAGCAAGUUUUAGGUGUCCCCCCCGGGAAUUAAAUAAGCAAGAGACUCCUGCCAAAAACAGCCAAAUAGACUUAGCCAUUACAGCCCUUUCCAUAUUACCCUUAAAUUUUCUAACUUUCCCCCUUAAUUAUAAACUUCCUCCUCAUCUCGUCCUCGUAAUUAGGCAUUAUAUCUAUGGAUAGCCCAUCAUAAUUACAAUUAAUUUCUAAUUAAUAAAAACCACUCUUUCAUCUGAGCUAC